AUGUCAUCAGAUAAGCCUCCUGUUGGAAAAAGGGGACAGAAAAAAAAAAUCAGAAUAGUGGUCUGUGCAAAUCUAAAUCUUAAUUUAUUUUGUUCUGCCUUAGCUUGUGGCCGUGGGUUCUACAAAUCAUCUUCACAAGAUCUGCAGUGUUCCCGCUGCCCUACUCACAGCUUUUCUGACAAGGAAGGAUCUUCAAGAUGCGACUGUGAAGAUAGCUAUUACAGAGCACCUUCUGAUCCACCAUAUGUCGCAUGUACAAGACCUCCGUCUGCACCACAGAACCUCAUUUUCAAUAUCAACCAGACUACUGUGAGUUUGGAGUGGAGUCCUCCUGCUGACAAUGGGGGAAGAAAUGAUGUGACCUACCGCAUUUUGUGCAAGAGGUGCAGCUGGGAGCAGGGCGAAUGUGUUCCCUGUGGGAGUAACAUUGGGUAUAUGCCCCAGCAAACUGGAUUAGUAGAUAAUUAUGUCACCGUCAUGGACCUGCUAGCUCAUGCUAACUACACAUUUGAAGUUGAAGCUGUGAACGGGGUUUCUGACUUAAGUCGUUCCCAGAGGCUUUUUGCAGCUGUCAGUAUUACCACCGGUCAAGCAGCUCCCUCACAAGUUAGUGGAGUAAUGAAAGAGAGAGUGCUGCAGAGGAGUGUGGAGCUUUCCUGGCAGGAACCAGAACAUCCCAAUGGAGUCAUUACUGAAUAUGAAAUCAAGUAUUAUGAGAAAGAUCAAAGGGAGAGAACCUAUUCAACAGUAAAAACAAAGUCCACUUCAGCUUCUAUUAAUAACCUAAAGCCAGGAACAGUGUAUGUUUUCCAGAUUCGUGCUUUUACUGCUGCUGGUUAUGGAAAUUAUAGCCCUAGACUGGAUGUUGCCACACUAGAAGAAGCCACAGCCACGGCUGUUUCCAGUGAACAGAAUCCUGUUAUUAUCAUAGCUGUGGUUGCAGUAGCAGGAACCAUCAUUCUGGUCUUCAUGGUGUUUGGAUUCAUCAUCGGGCGAAGGCAUUGUGGCUAUAGCAAAGCUGAUCAAGAAGGGGAUGAAGAGCUUUACUUUCAUUUUAAAUUUCCAGGCACCAAAACCUACAUUGACCCUGAAACCUACGAGGACCCAAAUAGAGCUGUCCAUCAAUUCGCCAAGGAGCUAGAUGCCUCUUGUAUUAAAAUUGAGCGUGUGAUUGGUGCAGGAGAGUUUGGUGAAGUGUGCAGUGGGCGUCUAAAGCUUCCUGGCAAGAGAGAUGUUGCAGUAGCCAUAAAAACUCUGAAAGUUGGCUACACUGAAAAGCAGAGACGAGAUUUCCUGUGUGAAGCAAGCAUCAUGGGACAAUUUGACCACCCCAAUGUUGUUCACUUAGAAGGAGUCGUUACCAGAGGGAAACCAGUCAUGAUUGUAAUAGAAUACAUGGAAAAUGGGGCCUUAGAUGCGUUUCUUAGGAAACAUGACGGGCAAUUUACAGUCAUUCAGCUGGUGGGAAUGUUGAGAGGAAUUGCUGCUGGAAUGAGAUAUUUGGCCGAUAUGGGAUAUGUACACAGGGAUCUUGCAGCACGCAAUAUUCUUGUCAACAGCAACCUUGUUUGUAAAGUGUCAGACUUUGGCCUUUCCAGAGUUGUAGAAGAUGAUCCAGAGGCUGUCUACACUACUACUGGUGGAAAAAUUCCAGUGAGAUGGACAGCUCCAGAGGCAAUUCAGUACCGCAAAUUUACAUCAGCCAGUGACGUAUGGAGUUAUGGAAUAGUUAUGUGGGAAGUAAUGUCUUACGGAGAACGGCCUUACUGGGACAUGUCAAAUCAAGAUGUUAUAAAAGCAAUUGAAGAAGGCUAUCGUUUGCCAGCACCCAUGGAUUGCCCAGCAGGACUACACCAGCUGAUGCUAGACUGUUGGCAGAAAGAACGUGGUGAAAGGCCAAAGUUUGAGCAGAUAGUUGGUAUUCUGGACAAAAUGAUUAGGAACCCAAACAGCUUGAAAGCCUCUCUGGGAACCUGUAGCAGACCAAUUAGCCCUCUUCUGGACCAGAACACUCCCGAUUUUACCACUUUCUGCUCCGUAGGCGAAUGGUUACAAGCUAUUAAGAUGGAAAGAUAUAAGGAUAAUUUCACAGCAGCAGGCUACAACUCUCUUGAAUCAGUUGCCAGGAUGACUAUUGAGGAUGUGAUGAGUUUAGGGAUCACGUUGGUUGGUCAUCAAAAGAAAAUCAUGAGCAGCAUUCAGACUAUGAGAGCACAAAUGCUACAUUUACACGGCACUGGCAUCCAAGUGUGAUAGACAUUUCUCCCUUAUGAGGGAGGUGACAGACUGAGAGAACAGCACUGGCCUUCAGUAUAUAUGAAGUGCUACUAGAAGACACUUGAUUUCCUGGGUCCUUCCUGCAGUGAAUAGAAGAGCUACAAGAAGCACCUACAGACUUGAACUCCUAAGUGCCACCAGAAUUUAUGAAAAGGGAAUUAGGAUCCACCAGUGGUGGCAAGGAAAACAGCAGUGACAAUAAACAAAGUACUACCUGAAUAAACAUACAAACACCUUGAGCUCUCUAACCUCCUUUUUAUCUAAUAGACUUUUUAAAUGUACAUAAAAUUUAAAAAAAAAAGAAUAUAUUUGUCAGAUAAAAUCAUGAUAUUAUUGUUAAAUUCAACAAAAUAUUUUCCUUAAAUCUGUGAUUUCUGAAUCUUUUUUUAAUCAUUUGUGUUUAUUCUUCAUAAAGACUUUCUUUUAGUAUGAUGUUUAUAUCUUUGGACCUUUUUAGUGCUAAUUCUAUGACACAUUACUACACUGGGUACCUCUGAAGGAUUAUUUGAGUUCAAAGAGAUUUAAGAAGCAUGACCAAGCAAUGUAUAUCUGUCCAAACUUUGGUAUCCUUUUGUGCCAUUUACUUUUGUUAAAUCAGCACCGUAUUGACGUGGCUAGCUAAUUGGCAGGGAGUCAGGAAAAUGCAAGUUGCCAAGAGCUCUGAUAUUUUUUACAGAAUUUUUUAAGGUUACACAUAUACUAUCUUUUAAAAGAAAAUAAAAGACAAAAAAAAUAUAUAUAAAAAAAAAAAAAGAAAGAAAAGCAAUAAUGACCCCUAAGUAGUUCUAGGCACUUUUAGCAAAUUGUUUGCAAGAUGAUUUUAAUGGACUAGAGUUAAAGUGAGAUAUAUUCUAAGAUGUAGAUCUACAACUGUAAACCUGCUGAGGCACUACAUUGAAUGGACAAGUGAUUGUAGGAGUGUCUCAGAACACGGAUGCAGUUCUCCGGUGUUACCUAAACCAUGUAAUCUGAGCACAUCACAUUUUUCUUCAAUACUCUGCAUUAGCAAAUUGAAAGAAAUAGCUGGCAUAUAUUGCAUAUAUUUUAUAUUAGUUUAGGUUGAAUUCAGUCCAACUGUGAGAAUAAGGAUGUAGAUUUUAUAUUAGAACCGUAGAGCAUGAGGCAAGGGGCAGUUCAGAAUUUUCAUGUUUUUUUACAGGCUUUUGCUGCUCUGAACAAAUAUGUGUGUGCUCACACAGACACAACAGUCAUUCAUCAGGAACACAGAUGCAAAAGUAUUUGCUCAUAUGAAUAUCUUUGUAUGCCAUUUACUUAUAUAUGUAUUUUGUUUGAUUAACCAUAAGCAAUAACAAAGCAUGUCUUUACAGAUAUUGCAGGAAUGUAUAUGAAGCAGAGAGAAAUGCUUUAAAAAAUUCUGAAAAUUGUGAACUACCCCAGCAGUGAAAUGCUGUACUUCCAAAGAGAAUUGGGAUGCUUCUAUUGAUUUUGAUUGAGAAAGAUCCCAGGGAUCAGUCAUAAAUUGGACUUGUUUGAUAAUGUGGGCAUCCACACAAAAAAAAAAAAAUAAAAACAAAAGAAAAACCCUGUAAAUGUUCCUUUGUAAAACUUGUAAAUUUUAUUUAUACUGUCUUGGUUUGUACACACAUUUAAGUGUAGUGAGCUCUGAAUACAUUGAAAAUGCACUAUAUUUUUCUAUUUUACUUGCAGAGCAUCACAAACAUAUAUAUUCAGUGAUACAUAAUGUGUUUUCCCACAUUUAGGACCAAAGAUAGUUAUCAAAAACGUCAACACAUCCAUUUCCUUCCUCCUUUUUUGAACCCCUUUUUAGAUCACUGUACAGUUAUAUUUGUCAUUUUAUUUAUUUUUUUCAUUAGAAAAAUCAGUUUGGUUACACCAAUUUUUGUCCCUCCACCUUUGUUGAACAAAAUCUGUAAAAAGCUUUUAAUUAGCAUAAUCCCGUUACAUAGACACUUCCAUUUGUAAUCUUUGUAAUAGACUGUAAAUAUAUUUUUGGAACUAUAAUGCAACGUGCAUAAGGGUUAUUUUUCAGUGUCCAUAUAUGAUUGUUUAUACAAUUCACAGCACUUUACAGUCAUGCUGAGAAGCCUAAUUUAUUGCCUGGAUUUGGGCAGAGUAAGAAAUUAAGGUGAUUAUUCUUAUUUCAUAUUAGAUUGUCAGUCAGUAGAAAUUGAGUUAUUUUCUGUAUGUGGCUCAAGAUGUUUUUUAGCUAUCAAAAUUAAUUUUCAAAAAUGCUGUAGAAGUAAGAUGCAGAGUAGACUGCAUACCCAACAUUGAAAUUAGUGCAUGCAAGCACUUAGAUAACGUACUUCCAGUAGCCAUUGGAACACUAGUAAUUAAUAAACAUCCAUUUUGUGUUAUAACUAAUGCUAAGUGCCUCACUACUGGGGUGAGCAUCUGUGAGCAACUCCACAGGGUGCUUGUCAGUUUUGCUGCUGCUUUAGGCACCUAACUAUGAAUUUAGGAGUCUAAGUUCAGACACCUGCUUCCUUACAAACUUUGGCUAUUUUUCCUAAGGGCUUGGUGAUUCCAAGUACAAUACAGCAAUGCUGGUAUUGCUGAGAACCCACAGACCCUAAAAGCAACAGAGUUGAGGCCAGGCUUCACCUUGAGGACCUGCUCAGUGUUCUGAAGCACAGAGGCCUCAAAGCAUGUGUGGUGACCUAAGCUCACGCAUGUAAAAGUGAGAACCCUAAUGUUAUUUCUUCCUUAUUUUUCCUUGUUUGAUUUAAGCCAUCUUUGAAUAGUAAAUAUAUUUUAUCAUUCAUCUAUAUACCUUGACUGCCUUAAUGUUGCCACAGUUUCUUACACAUUUGAAAGUGGUAGAGUAGAAAAGAAAGCACAAUCAAUACCAAUAUCCCUAUUGUAUCUAUCUAUUCAGAACAUUACUGCAGUUUAGAGCAUAUGCAUGAUUUAUAUCUGGUAGAGCAGUAACAUAUUGAUGUUGGUUUCAGUUCCCCAGAUUCCAGGAAAACGUAAUACAAUGUAACAAAAAAAAAAAAAAAAAAUGCCAGAGAAAGUUGGUGUUCAUGAGAGGAACUGGAGAAAGAGUUGGGAGAGGGAAUUAAAAGCUAAAUGAUGAAACAAAUAAUUGAGCUCAGUUCUGGAAAGAAAUGAGCUUAAUUCCAUUGAAGUUGGGAAUUGUGCACCACUAAAGAAGACAAUAUCAGGCUGUCAGUGAGGUUAAUCUUUCUUGACUUUAUCCAUCUGGAGCAAGUAUCUAAAGCAUCUAAAAGAGAGAUGCCUAAGACAAGCAGAGUGAAUCUUCCUCUGGGAAUACUUAUCUCCAUUACCUGUAGAGGGAACCCAGAUGAUUAGGUUAGUUUAGGCAUCUGAUGUCUAGAUAUUUAAAACCAGAUGAUUCUUAUUCUAUAUGUCCGUGGCUGCUACAGUUCCCCCCCAAACUGAGUGUCAUAGAAAAGCAGCUCUUCCACUACUGUUACAUCCCAGAAUGUAUUUAAACUGGGCUUUAUCACAGAGAGAUGUUUUGUUGUUUUUAUUUUUUGUUUGUUUGUUUGUUUUGUUUUGUUUGUUUCUGUGUGUGUGUGUGGCUGUUUUUUUAUUUUAUUUUAUUUCAGAGUUUUGUAACAGAUCAUCUAAAUGCUUUUUGUAUAUGGGUAUUAAUUCUUGAUACAUUUUGUGAUUGUUCUGAGGAAGACCUGCCUAGUAAAUUACAGUUUUUGAAUAUUUUAAGUAAUCAGAAAUAUUUGAUGACACACUGCUUCAGUCCAGAGGUUAUGUGAUCAGAUAUGAUAGUUGCUGUUUGCAAAACCAUGUUUAUCUAAAGCCUUGUCAUGUAAAAAUCUCCAGGAGGCAAAGAUGCUUAAAUGUGUCUAAAGUUGAAUGUUGCCCUUAAUAUCUCAAUAAUUGAGCUCUGUCUGUAUUAUUAUCCAUUUAAAAUGAGUUUUUAAUAUUUGUUUAAGCUGGAGUCAUCUGGUGUCCACUGAGGGAGUCUGAAAAAAUAUUUUAAAUUAAAUUUGCUUUUCUCCACUGAUAGUAAUACAUGGCAACUAGUUUCCACUGUUUUGAAUGUUGCAAAAACUAUUGCUUUAAUGUGGGGGGUGAAGGGGUCUAUUUUUGUUUUGUUGUCGGUAUUUUUUUACAUUUACUGGUUAGUAGUUGAAAUAAAAAAUAAUAAUAAUAAUUUGUCCUUAACUUUCUAAAUAAUUCAUAUGUAGCAUUUUUGAGAAUGAUUUAAAUUCUCUUACUUUUGGGUUACUACCAAGAUGGUGAUUGUGUCACUACAGCCAUAAUGCCAAGUGAUGCUGAGACACCCUGACACAGUUACAGGUUCAGCUGGCACUCUGUUGCCGAGUAAUGACAUGAAGCAGUCCACUGAUUGUAUGGGAAGAGUGAAGGCCAACUCAAUCAAAAAAGGGUCAUUCCACCUUCAUAUAUAUAUAUGUAAUAUUGGAGCUAACAUUUACAUCCAUAAGUCAUUAUAUCCCUGCAUACGACUGGGAUAUCCCUGCAUAUAAUGACUUGUUCAACAUUUGUUUGCUGGUGGGGUUUUCGUUUGUUUUGUUUUUUGAUUUUGGACAACUAUCAUUUGUGCUGUUUCUAGAAGUUCCCAGACAGAAUGAUAAGGCCAGGUUAAGAAAAGUACAAAAAAAAAAAAAAAAAUCUUGCCUAACAGUAAUUAUGACAGCAGGUGUUGCAGGACAAUUCAGACAGUUGGACUAGUGAUUUUUAGAUAGCUAAGCUGCUAGCAAAAUGGGAUUUAUGCAGGAGCUGUUAGGAUUGUACAAUAUGAAUUUACUAAUAUGUAGAAAUGGGGGAUUUUUUUUUUCCCCACCAACUUUGAAUGGAAUUCGAGAUGAUUGAUUUGAGAUUCAAAAAUCUGCUCAAAAAUUCAACCUAUCCAACAACUGUUUUUAAAAAGUGAUCUUUAUUAUUUUCAUAGUGCAGCCUUCUGUUUACUUGCAAAUAGGUAGUCCUGUAAUUAAUUAAAUUUCCUGCAAAAAGGAUGGGGGUGUGGGAGGGUGGAGGGGGAAGAAUACAAUGAUAUUGUUUAUUUAUUUUUAAAACUUUUCUGGAUUAGGUUUUGCAGGAUUUUUAAGUUUAGAUAAUCAACACACACAUUUAGAGUAAAGCCUAUUGAGACAACCUAAGGGACAAAAUUAGUGUGUCUAAGACAUCCAUAGAAUUCUGAGCACACAUUUAGGAUGGGAAAGGGUCAGGCAGUUUGGAAGUGAAAGGAGUCAUUUGGUGUUUAUAUGCUGUAGACACCAUCUAGGUUACGUCCUGCAAGAUUAUGAAAGAUGAAAGGAAUCAUUUGGAGUUUAUAUGCUGUAGGUUAUGUGCAGUGAGAUUAUGAAAGGUUAAAGGCUUAAGAGGAAAAUGCUAUGCUCACUUUUGUUCUUGGUGAAAAGUCAGAAGACAGGAGUGAAUGGAAAGAGAAAGCUGUGAAGCCAUUCAGCAUGUCUAAACUGUAGGGUUCUUCAAGCCAUAAUGGGAAUGGAGUUAAGGAGUGUUGAGAUUUUUGUUUAAGUAAAGAGAUGCAGUUAAUAAAAUAUACCUAAUAAUCUAGGGUGGAGUGGUUUCGGUAUUAUGAUUUUUCCUCAGGCCAGAUUGGAAUUUGUCAAAGAGACUAAAUUGAGACAGAUGGGAAAGCAACUGGUAAUAUGCAGCUCAUUCAAGCAGACUUGAAAGAGACAUGAAAGGAGAAUUUUACAUUAAAAUAUAAAAUGAUGAUAUUUACUCUCAGGGUGUUUUAAAAUAGUUUUCUUUAAAUUUAGGGUAAUUAUAGCAGAUUUUAGCACUGAUACUAUACAAAUUGGGUGAAAUUAUUGUCUGAUUAGUGCCCAAAAAAAGAACCACAAGUCAAAAAAUAGUUGAUGUCUUGAUAGCCUAUGAAAAAAGAUGAGAUACAACCAAGCGAAACUUGUAUAGCCAGCCAAAUGAAUCUUGGACAAAACAAGACAUAAUUCCUAGUGCCAGAAUAGCUAAAUCAGGAACAGGAAAACUAUUCAUCCAUGGAUCAAGGCUUCUGUAUUUAAUUGAACUAAAUAACGAAUUGUAGAACUGUGCUGCUAAUAAUAAUUAAUACCAAUAAUGAAAAACUACAACUUAGAGUUCAUCUGAUGAAUUGUAAUAUGGCUAGCACUAAAAAACACACUAAAUGCUUAAAUCCAAAGAUUUAUGUAUGCUGCUGAUAUUAGAGUUUCUGGACUGAGAGCUAUUUAAAACCAGUUAUAACCUAGAGAACAUAAAGCCCCAAGUCCUUAUCUAAAGCUUUCCUAUUUUCUGCCAAAGGAAAAAA